CCUGACAUGAUGCACACCGUGAAGGUCAAGGUGGGUCUCCCCAGGUUCAAGCUGGAAGAGACCUAUGAUCUCAAGAAGAUCCUGGUCAGCAUGGGCAUGGUGGAUGCCUUUAGCCCCAAGAAGUGUGACUUCUCCGGCAUGUCGCCCUGCAACAACUUGGUUCUGUCCAAGGUCGUGCAGAAGUCCUUUGUGGAAGUGACCGAGGAGGGCACUGAGGCAGGCGCAGCUACAGCUGUCACAGCUACACUUACCAGUAUGCCUCUGAUACAAAAAAUGUUCAUGGCGGACCACCCCUUCCUCUUCUUCAUCCGACACAACCCCACACAGAGCAUCCUCUUCUAUGGCCGCUACAGCUCCCCUUAAGCUGAGGCUAGAGUGGUAAAGAAGUCUACAUAGAAAGAUGUCUCAGGAAUGUCUGA